UGAUACUUAUAACACGAUUACACGAAGCCGCUAUGACGACGGUGACGGAUAUUCCCCAAGGUCGACCUUUAAUUCGUUGCUUGACGUCAACUGGUGAUCGAAUAACUUUUCUCGAGGGGUCAGGGGAGUGAAAAUCGACAACGACUAACUUGGUGGGAGGUAGAAAAAAAAAAUCAGCUGCGAAGUGCGACGACUGCUCUUGGCGGCUCUUUUCCUCGCGGCUCACAUCAGGCUUCUGAUGUCGCGCUGACAUCAGCAGCAGCAAUUCCACCGUGCACUUAACCUAUGCGAGUUAUUCAUCGAGUUUCUUUUGGCCUACAUAAAUUUGACUAGUGCUGAUUGCCAAUACAACACACCGAGAUGAAGGUCUGGAUGUCCGAGCACACUUUCAAUCAUCCAUGGGAGACUGUAGCAUCCGCUGCGUGGAGGAAGUACCCAAAUCCCAUAACUCCAUCAGUGCUGGGUACUGAUGUCAUUGACAGGAGGGUCGUUAAUGGAGUCUUGCAUACGCAUAGACUCGUUUCUAGUCAGUGGGGAUUUCCACGAUGGACAAAACCACUGAUCGGCGACGCCAACAUCUGUUACGCCAGCGAAAACAGCGAAGUCGAUCCGGGCAACAGGCUAAUGGUAUUGAGGACCAGAAACCUGACUUUCUACAAUUACAUCACGGUCGACGAAACUGUCACGUACACGCCCCAUCCCCAGGAUACCAGCAAGACGCUUCUGACGCAGGAGGCCGUCGUUAAAGUACACGGCGUCCCGCUCACUCAUUACAUGGAGGAUCUCCUCACGUCCAAGAUCUCCUUCAAUGCCGGCAAGGGCCGUCAAGCGAUCGAGUGGGUGAUCGACAAAAUCGACGCGGAAGUUAAGGACCUGGCCAACAGCGCCGCCAAGACGACCGACGAGCUGCUGAACACAACGCGCCGGCAGAUCGACGACCUUACCAACAUUACCAAGCGCAGCAUGGACGAGAUCCAGAGCGCGGCCAAGAAGUCAUUCGAGGAGGUGCACAAUCUCACGACGCCCCCGUCCCACUCCUCGAUGCCGAAAUUAUAGCUGAGGUUCCGCACUAGCUUCAAUCUUUUCAAUUAAUCCUCGCGUGCGCGCCGGGAGAAAGAGAGAAAGAGAAAGAAGAACUCGCGCUCCCGCCCAUUUUUCCGAUUGGCUCGGGGAAUUCCGGAGAAUUACUCUCUGCGACGCAAUUUUCUCCCGAGCCGAGAGGCCGAGCGGGCGCGCGAGCUUAAUGGCAAACGUCAAUUUUGGUGACCGAAUCCGCUUUCACGGCUGUCUGCCGCGAGCGAACGUCUUUCUCGUGUCAGUGCGCGCACGUAUACGUAUAUAGUCGAAAUUCGAGAUUCCAAGCGGGGCUACCCGCUCUGCCGUUUCCUUUUUGUUCUUGAAAAAUCCAUCGACCUUUUUCACCGCUCGUUGUUGUUGUCGCUGCUCUUAUUGUACAUUGUUUUCCGUCGUGGAAAGGGCGAUUGCCUACAGGUAUAUCUGGAAUGUGUAACCGAUUCGACGACUCUUCAUAAGCGCGAAAUCGGUCCUCUUUUUUCUAGAACAUACAAGGCAAGUAACAUGAACAAGAGAGUUAUUAAGUGUUAAUCUUCGUUGUAUAUCUUGGAAUUUUUAUAAUGUAAAAGCUGUUUUCUACCGAGCAAAUUUUGCAUUAAAUUGAUGAAAUAUUGUCAACGUCGAUUCGUAAAAUGUGAACCUUAAGUGGAAAAAAGAAAAAAAAAACAGAAAAAUUGAAAAAUAUACAUGCUAUGAACGAGUCAUUUUUGACGACUGAGCUACUGAGCGAUUAUUUUACAAUGCAAUGAACGAUGAGCUGGGAAUUCUCAUCAAUCAAAAUAUUAAGCAAACGAAUUGUAAUAGGGAAUCGUAGUUUUCUCAAGCCAAAUUUGUAUAUAACUUGUAUUAUCUUAAUUUUUGAUAAAUCCGACCCUAAAGAGAGUAGUAUUUUUAUGUUUAAAGCGAAAGUUGUAAUGAUCUCCUGAAAUAGGAGAAGAUAAAUGAGAUGCUACUGUUUUAGGUGCCUUCUUCAUAGAUAAUUUCAAGGCAAGGAAGAUUUUUAAAUCUCUCUUGAACUGUAGACUUUUACUUAGCGAAUAAUUGAGCUAUGAGAGUAACUCAAUAGUAAAGAACAAAUGUAAACAUUAAAACUCUUUAUAACGAGUAUAUAAAAAAAGGCUUGAUUUUUUUUCAAGACCCACACUGUUACGUCGAUAUCCCUAAAUCUAUUUAUCCCUAAUUCUAGUUUAUAGAAAGUAUAUACACGACUUUGUAAAUGGCAUAAAUUUCCUAUUUUAACAGUAGACAAAAGUACGCUGUAUUUCAACAUAAGCAUGAUUAUGUUCAUGAAUGUCGAAUUGCACUGAGACACACACGCAAAUGCAUUUGAAGCUGCGAUAUUAACUUGACUAUAUAUCCGGCGAUAAAGAAGGUGUGCAAAACUGAAAUAAACUUGAUAAACACCGAUGUUCAAAUAUUAAUUUGUUCUUCGAAAUGCGAUCAUCAAACGUAUGCGCUGUAAAUGCAGUUCUGUACAUACAAACGAUUGUACAAUAUAUUAUGUUGAUUUUAUGGAAAUGAUAUAUGCGCGUAUUUAUUUCUAAAAAGUAGCUGAAACAAUAUUUGAUUAUAAUACAAAUGUGUCUGUUAAUAUUUGUUAGAAUAAACUAUACGCUAUUCGAAAAU